AUGAGUGCAAGGCAUAAUUUCUGGGCGGUAAUGGUUGCGUUUGUUGUGCUGAACACCAUUACCGUGGGACUGAGGUUAUGGCUCCGAGUCUCCAGCAAAAGUUUUGGGUAUGAUGAUUGGGCCACAUGUGUUGCAUAUAGCGUUUUUGUCGUCUUUUGUGCGUUUGAGUUUCGGGCCCUUGGAUAUGGAUAUGGAGCAACAGACGUGCAGCCUUGGUACAACCCUCUGCUGGCGGCUGAGUAUUUUGUUGUUGCGCAGUUGCUGUACCUCAUAGCCCAGUUGGCAGCCAAGAUCAGCGUGGCUUUGGUCUUGUAUCGAAUUGCUACAAUGGCGCCUAUGGUACGAAGGAUACUUGUCGGCUCAAUAUCGAUUCUCUCCAUUGUAUCUAUAGCUGCCAUCUUUAUUUUCGCCUUCCAAUGCCGUCCGCUCUCUGUGGCCUGGGGCGUUGGCACUGGAACAUGCUUACCUGGGUCAGCUAUCGCCAACACUGCCUAUGCUGUAUCAGCUGCUGAUAUUUUAUUCAGCUGGCUAUAUGGACUUUUGCCUAUCUAUUUGCUCUGGAGUGUUCAGAUAAGCAUGCGAACAAAACUUGUUGUCUCUGUUCUUCUUGGAUUUGGCGCGGUGAGCUGCAUUGCGACGAUUCUACGACUCAACUAUGCCAUUGAGGUUUCUCGACUUCCAUCGACAGCUGCAGCACAAGCCGUCAACCUACUCCUGACAGCGACGAUAUACUCGGCGACAGAGGUUGGCCUAGCCAUCUUCUGUGCGUCCCUUGCCGCUCUGAAGCCGCUCUUGAAAUUCAUCCCCUGGGUUCCUGGAUCUUCCAAAGGCACCUCUAAGUUCGAUAGUAGUCUUGAGCCACGAGGUCCAAGUAUUCGACUUCAAGACAGACAGGUGGAGACCGGGAGCGAGGAAAGCAUCCUCCAAAACACGCAUCACCGUAUUCAAAAGACGACCCAUUACGAAGUCCAUUACGAAGAGCACUAA